ACAACACUAACGUGGAAGAAUUGGCCUUUAGUCUACUAAAUGUGACCGGCUAUGCAUCCCUUCAUCUCAUCAGGAGGACAAGUGCGACACUUGAACUGCACAACCCCCCACCUGGUCGCAAGUGCAUUGAAUUAAAUGGCCCACACUUCAUUCAGAUUCC